AUGAGCUCCCCUGGUCACCUCGACGCCACCUUGGGUGCCCUCGUCUCCCUCCCUGCCAGCUCCCUUCCUGCCGGCGGCGUGACGCGCAGCAAUGCGCCGGUCGUCCUCUCCCUCGACGACGCCAACUACACCAAGUGGAGCAUCUAUAUGAAAGCCUCCAUCGGCCGUGCCGGCCUCAUCGGCCACGUCGACGGCACCACCGCCGCCAACCCCGCCGAUCCGACGUGGUCCUCCAACGACUACGCCGUCCUCAACUACCUCCACUCCGGGAUCAGCGAGGACGUGGCCGACAUGGUCCUCUCCCGCGACCAGACGGCGCGCCAGCUUUGGCUCUCCCUCCUCGAGCUCUUCUCCGCCAACAAAGCCAGCAAAGCGAUCUACCUCGACAAUGACUUCCGUCAGCUGGCCAAGGCGCCUCCUCGAUCGCCGAGUACUGUCGCCGGCAGAAGCAGCUCGCCGACGCCCUCGCCGACAACGACUCCCCGGUCUCCAACCGCGCGCUCGUCCUCAACACUCUGCGCGGGCUCGGGCCUCGGUUCGCCUCGGCCGCCACCGUCAUAUCCAUGACGCAUCCGCUGCCCACCUUCGUUAGGGCACGGAGCAUGCUUCUCAUGGAGGAGAUGCAGCAGGCCAACGCCGCCUCCAACGCGGUGUCUACCGCCCUCGUCGCCCAAGCGCGCCCCUCGGCGCCCUCGUGCACUGGCACGGCCUGCCGUGGUGACUCCUCCUCCACCGGCUCGGGCAAACCCUUCACCAAGCAAAAGAAGAACAAGCCUCGGAACGGCGGUGGCUCCACCACCCAACGCCCCGCGACGCCUGCCCCUUCGGGCCCCUGGGUGUGUUUCUCGCCUGGCAAUGGGUAGUGGCGUGCCCCUGGCAUCCUCGGUCCGCGUCCCGCGGCCCCCCAGGCGUACCACACCACUGCGGCGCCGCUCUUCUAGUCGGCUCCAUCAUCGUCCUCUACACCAACAUGGGACAACUCGGCGCUCAUCGCCGCGCUGAACAGCCUCGCCCUUCAACAGGGCGGCUGGGUCAUGGACUCGGGGGCCUCCUCGCACAUGACCAAUGAUGAUGGACCUGAAGACUCGUCGUGUGAUCCUUCGUUGCAAUAGUGAUGGAGAUCUUUACACUUUCCCUGGCACCGUCUUCCACCGCCAUAGUCGUCACCGCCAUGCGUCCACCUCCGCCCUGCUGGUCACCGCCCCUGAAGAUCUCUGGCAUCAACGUCUUGGUCACCCUGGCCAUGAUGCUAUGACCUCUCUUCGGCGUUUAGCGUUUAUCAAGUGUAAUAAAGUGCGCCGCCCAUCUGUUUGCCACGCCUGUCAGCUCGGCAAACAUGUGCGGUUGCCGUUUAGUUCGUCUACUACAUCGU